GAUGAUGACUUUUCAAUAAGUCUCGAGAGCUCGUCCGAUUCGCAUCGUUUGAAUCAGCGCCAGGUUUAAUUUCCCGUGUAGGGGGAAGGAUUAUAAGGAAACCUUUUGUGUUAUGGUGGAAAGAUUUUAAGUUGUUACUUUAGUAGUAUGCAAGGUUUUGUUUCCUUUUAGGUUUAUUUUCGAUUUCUUUUGAGUGAUUGAUUUGGGUUUGUGGAACCAUCGGUGAACUUUUUAGUAACAGUGUCUGUAAGUAAUCUACGUACCUCAUCGUAGACGGAUUGGGUUUCGACGUUGUAAGACAGAACAAAGAUUUUCCGAGUGGCAAAGUAUUGUCAAGUUCAGGGUAAGGCGUCAGAUGAAGAUUGAACCAGGACGGCAGUCGUAUUGUCUGCUUUGAAAGUCGGUCACAGUCGAGUGAACGUCUCUCGGACGACGUUCACCUUUUCCUACUUUAGCUCAAGCGUCGAACUUAAGAAAAUGGUGCUACUUCAAGUGUAAUUGAAUGUGAUUCCUAGAAUAAGAAUCCCCUUUAACCAGUUUUACGCAACUAGAUAAUCACUUCUGGGUAGCGUAUGUGCAGCAAAGUUAGCAUCAUUAGCCCAACAACCUAUCGAGCAGUGAACGGAAAAUUUCGCCAAAGAAAAGCCGCCUACCGGACUGCAUGUGGUUACAUAAAGAAGAAACUACUAGGUGGUACCCAGUGUAUACGCCAGCAGCGGUCAAUCGCAGUGAUGGUAGAAAUGGGACACCACAAUUAGCGGAAGCAGGUCACCGAUCGAUCACAGCAACUGUCCUAUACAUUGGUCGUGGAGGUUGAACACGGAAGAAGAAUCCUUCCGACCGUCAUCAUCCAGUGUACGAAGAGCGCGUGUGUUUGUUUGUGUGUGUCACUCACGGACAAGGACAACAUUAAAUCUUGGCUCGUGGUGAAUCACCUUCAUCAUCGUUCCCAGUGUUUUUCCGUGAACCGGUCGUGGAUGAAAAUAGAAAACCCUACACGGAAUCGAGUCGAGAAAAUUUUGCCAAUAUAAAGAAAGAAACAGCGGGCGGGCACACGUCAGAUGAAUGGUUUUUAACAUAUCGCUACACCUAGCUCUGAAAAGGAGCGCUGUAUCGGGAGCGCAAAUAUCAAUAUACACGUAAAACAGCUGAGCGGAGCAAACUGGUAGGGUGUAUUGACCUCGCCCAAGUCCGCAAUUGUCGAUGCACGACAAUAAUUGAACGAGACUACGACGCAAAGGCUAUAAUUAUAGGCUGUUAAAGUUAAACAUCAGUGAGAAAGAACAUAAACAGUGUACACACCUGCGAACCAGUCGAACAGAAGCGGUCAAUUCCAAUCAGUGCCGAUCAUCAAUCGAUAGUCUCCGAGGGUGCUUCUAUGCUGCUGCUUUAGUACUAGAGGGACAGUUUCCUCCAUCCAUCUUAUCCGCAACAACGACGCUCGUUUGCCUGUCUAGCUCGAACAAAGCAUCCACACCAAAGCGUUGGAUCCCUGUACGAUUUGUCAUGAUAAUCAGCCAUCCGGCUGACUAGUGUUUCGAAAUCACAAGCUGUCCACGUAGGUGGCAGCACCGUCGAAAAAAAACCUUGUCUGGCGCCAUGUUUUGAUUUGCACACUCAACAAAGCUAAAUAGCUCCCAGAAGUCGGUGAAACACAUAUGAACUGCCGAGUGAGGCAUUCAAGACCGGCACUCGCGGAACAUCCUCGGAAGCUGCACCUGUGCAGCUGUUAGCUCCUGCGGUGAAACGGCGCAAUUCCUCUGCCUGAUCCGAGUGGCUUGACCUUCCGAAUCUACCAUGGGCGAAGAAAGCAUCGAGUGUAACGAGGGCAAGCUGAUUGCCAAAAACGGCGAGUACAGCCCGGUCAAACAGACCUCGACCUCGACGCUGCAGGAAGAGAGCAGCAGCAGUGGGAUGACGGCCGAUCAGCAGCUGAUCAGGAACGAUAGCCAGCGGAAGAUGGUUAAAAUCCAAUGUGACAAGGUGACCGACAGCAGCCCGAGACCGUCACCGGCACGAUUGAACCACAACGGAACCGCCAGCAAUGGAAAGGAACUGGCCGCACAAACCAUGGUCAACGGUAAAGUCGCGUUGGGCGAUGCGAAAGGAAAGGAGGCCAAAGACAAUCCCCCCUCGAAGCAGGAGGACGAAGAAGGCGACGACGAGUACGAGCUGGUGCCUCCGGACGGUGGCUGGGGCUGGUUGGUGCUGGCCGGUUCCAUGUUAGUUAACAUCCUAGUACCUGGUACGAUCAAGAGUUUUGGCGUCCUGUUUGUGGAGUUUCUAGAAGCAUUCCAGGCGACACCGUCGGCCGCUGCGUGGAUUCCGGCGUUGUGCUACUUUCUGUACAGUUCGCUGGGACCGCUGUCUAGUAUCCUAUCGGUGAAGUACAGCUACCGGACUGUAACGAUCAUUGGAGGAACCUUUGCGGCGGCUGGGAUGAUCAUCACGUACUGGGCGACCUCUGUGAACUUUCUGUACGUGAGCUACGGUGUGUUGGUGGGGACUGGAGCUGGUCUUGCGUUUCCACCUACGGUGUAUAUAGUUACGUCUUAUUUUGUAAAACUGCGUGGUUUGGCCAAUGGGCUGUGUAUAUCUGGAAGUGCACUUGGAUCGAUUAUUUUACCCCCGGUGUUGAGGUAUUUGCUGGUCAAUUUUGGAUAUCGGGGAGCGUGUAUGAUCAUGGGUGGUAUAACAUUAAAUGUAUGGGUGGCUGCUAUUUUUUAUCAGCCAGUAGAGCAACACAUGAAAAGGGUAAAGAAGGUAAAGGAAACUGCUCAACUAAUGGAAGAUGACACGAUUUUGGAAGAGUCGGAAACGAAUGAAGAUCUAGCAGUUAUCCAAGAAAUCGAUAGACCUGCAAUCAAACCUAAGUUUAUGAUUACGGGAGAUGAUACCCCGGCGGAAACACCGACGAUGGAGCACAAAUCACCGGAUGUCUUCAAUUACAAUCCGAAGAACGGUCUAAUAGACAGCUUCGCUAGGAGUGUUUCGGCUGCAGCAGUUCCCAUGUCUUAUCAAAAGGAUGAAUUCAGUAGCCGUACCAGGAAGAUCAGUACUCCAAUUCGACAUGAACAUCGUAAUCUCACUUUCACGAGCCAACUGAGCGAAACGCAAGGCUCCCAUCUUCGAUUGUCGAGGCUGAACUCUAUGCGAAAUAUCCAGCGAGGAGGACCCAAGCGGUCUCCAUCAACUAGCAGUUUCCAAUACAUCAGCACACCCUAUCAUGGAAGCACCUUGUCGACUCAUCAACCAAGAGAAUUCGCUUCUCAUCUGUCUCUCAGAUCGAUCGCGGAUAGUUUUAAACCAUCCUCCAAGCAACCUGGUGACAAAUCACAGGACGAUUCCAAUCGGUCUAAAUUCUUCGAUCUUACCCUGCUCAAGGACCCAACAUAUCUGGUUAUUCUGAUUUCCAAUUCAACCAACGCUAUCGGGUAUACGAAUUUCAUCAUCCUGCUACCUGCUUACGCAAUCACGCUCGGCUUCGACAAAAGUCUGGCCGCCUAUCUGUUGUCAAUUGUCUCUACCUUAGAUCUGGUGGGCCGUAUUGGAGGCUCAGCUCUUUCGGACACCAAUCUUAUACCGAAAACGUGGUAUUUCGUUGGUGGACUGUCGAUUUCGGGACUCGCACUGGCCAUGCUACCCCUGGCCACCUCCUACACCAUGGUCAGUGUGUUCUGUGCACUCUUUGGACUGGCAUCGGGAACGUACGUUGGCAUUACCGCUGUCAUCAUGGCCGAUAUGCUCGGUACCGAACGACUGACCUCUUCCUACGGGAUCAGCCUGUUUGUGAACGGCAUCCUGCAGCUCGUGGGGCCGCCCAUUUGUGGAGUCAUUUUCGAAUCCAUUGGCCGAUAUCAGCCGCUGUUCACGGCGCUCGGAUUUACGCUUCUCGGUGGCUCCGCCUUGUGGGGAUUCAUGCCGAUCAUUCGAAGAAACAAAAAACGGCGUGCAGCGCAACUUGCCGCAGAAAAGGAAGAACUUGGAAAGGGACUGAUUGCUUAGAGGACCAAAUAACAAUUCUACAGCCCUUAACAUGCUAGGGAAAUUGCAAUUGUGGAUUAUCAGUUUUAUUUGAGAUCGCAAGAACUAGAAGAAUAAGUUUACAGUUGAAUGACGACAAACUUUCAGAAGAUGAGUAAUCGGUACUUAUCAAAAGAAAAUGAUUUUUUUUUAUCCCAAGUGACUCAAGAAAAGAAUACACUUCUCAAAAAUAAAAGAUUCGUUCUGAUGUUUUAUGCGUUGUCAUCAUCGUGAAAUUGGAUUGUCUUUACUUAACGAAGGAAUCUUGAUCCAAUUUAAAACAACCCAAAACUACAGCCAAUUUUGUCAAUAUAAUUGAAAGAUUAAUGUUUACUUUGUUCAAUCUCCCAUUUUCCCACUAAAUUAAGUAUAAAACAGUAACUUUGCAUAAAAAUAUCGAGCGGAUAGCCCAGAAAGCUCCACAAUUCCCGGGCUGAAUCGGCUUAGUGAUAUGACAAUUCUAUUAAAUAACUUCUCUAUAUACAAAUUUAAGAAACAAUUUAGGUUAACAAAGGCGCGAAGAGAGUAAAUAGUAUGGUUAGUAGCUAAGCAAAUAAUUACCUAUAGAUAAAAGUUAAAUUAACAAUAAUAGGACCCGGUAUAACGAUUACAGGCGUAAGGGUCUGGAAGCGGUAUUUAUUUACAAAAAGUUUACUAAUAACCAAAAUGAGAAAUCCAAAUCACCUACUUACACAUAAAAGUGAUUUCGGGUGGAGAAGCUCUCGUGUACAUAAUGGGGCUUAUUCUGCGACGCGAGUGACGUGACUCACGAAAUUUCACUUCUUCGUCCUGACUCCAGAAAAUGCUUCAGCAAAAAAAAAUUGUGUAUCAAUGAGUUCUGAAGACCAAUAUCAGCUCGUCCGAACGAAAAUUUCGAGACUAGAGAGGCUAUUUAAGCCAGCAAAACGAUAUGAAAUUUCGUGAGUCACGUCACUCGCGUCGCAGAAUAAGCCCCAAUGAGGCUUAUUCUGAGAGUCACGUAACGUUAAUCGCAAAAUUUCAGUUUGACUUCCUGGUCCUAGAAAAUGCUUACUCAUAGAAAAGUAAGUUAGGGUAAGCUAUUCCAAAGGUAUUACUGGAGUUAGCAUUACGAGCUUCAAUUUGGCAAGUCACGUUACGUGACUCCCAGAAAAAGUCCCAAUUUUUUUCUUUUCCUACCAGCGUAGUAAAGUACGAAGUUUAAGGACUAUCUAACUGUAGUAGAAUAAAGUGAAUAAACGAAACAAUGUGAGUAUUAUAUUUUUAGCUAUUUACAACUAAACGGCAGUGAACGGAACGAGAUCUGUAGCGAGAAAAUGUCCAGUAUAUUUGGUCCAGUGUAGGAUAGAUUUGCUUUUGCUUACCAGGCGCUGGGUGUGUGUGUGUGUCUGUGUGAAUUUAGUGUGAUAAAAUCAUUAUAGGAAAUAAACUUUACUGCUAAAUACGUGGAAUGAGCGAAGAAUACAGCCUAAAAAUACAAAGGCUCGAGCUGUUCAAAAUAAUCUUCUUUACAACUAAGCUGAAAUUAGAUGAUUUCUUUAAAAAUGAAGAGAUGAAAGCCUAAGAAGUGGACAUGUAAAAUAAUCAAUUUUGUCACUGUAGUGUUUAAAACUUUCAAGUGCUGAGUAAGGGUAUUUAAAAUAAAUGAAAUUAUAGCAAUGAUUCAA